AUGGGCUCCAUUCUUGAAUCAACCGAUGUGAAAAACAAGUUGGAAGAUUUGUCCGGCGUCGCAGUCAAGCCAGGAGAGAAUCCAUACAAUGCUCUGAUUGAAGUCUGCCAUGGCGAUCCAGUUGAGUCCCCCCUUAUUCUCAUCAGUCCCGUCUCUGAAUUUUACACUGGGAUUGCACAUGAAUACAUCACCGAGAUUCAGGCCCUAUAUGCAGCCCAUCGUCUUCGACGCAAUGCGCAGCAGAAACAGAAAUUCUUGGACGCCAGCUUUCAAGAAUUGAUCAUCGAUCCUUACCUGCUGCGGCUUGAAAAUCCUCACAUAGAACCAGGCUUCAAGGAUACGAGGAACUGUAUGACCUUCUGGGGUCGCCCGCCAAUUCACGUCCUCGAACUUGCGGGUCUGAUUCAGGAAAAGCUCAAAGCUGUUGCGCCAGAUAUAUGGCUAAUGCCACAGCAUCGUAUGCACAUAACAACCCUGGAGUUAGCAUUCUGUCGCACGCCUCAGGAGAUUGAGGAAAUCAAAGAAACAUUAAAGCCAAUGAUCCCCACCAUAGCUAACUACACCUAUCAACAUCGCGCGCGUCUAGUGAAACCCAUGAUUUCGUACGAUCUUUCGGCCUUUGCUGUCUCUUUUCUUCCAGCUUCCGGUGAGCCGGAAGUAUCCCCGGCACCUCAACUGCCCGAUAACGCCGUUGUGCUUGACAAAGGAGACAGCUACUCAUACCACCACCUCCGACGGGAUAUGUGGGACCAGGCAAAGGCGGCAGGUGUUACUAUCGAUUCGCGGUAUAUCGUACCUAGUGCUCACAUCACCCUGGGGCGAUACCUUUCCCACAAAGACCACGCGACGCCGGAACAGCGGAAGAAAUGGGUUGAGGCGAUUGACGAAAUCAACGAAUGGUUAGAGAGGGAAGUGUGGGAGAAGUCUGACUCCGAGGUUAUAGGGGAAUGGGUUAUCGGGCAAGAGAGGGGGCUCGAUGUGCGAGUAGGAACUCUUUGGUACGGCGGAGGUAGAACUGUUCUCCUUGGCGAAGGAUUUUAG